ACGCCGUCGUGUAGAUCUCAGCUGAGGCGCACUCAGUGGUUAGUUAGUUAGUCACAGUCACCGUCACCGUCACCUUGAGUUGAUUCAGUUUCAACUUAGUUUCGGUCACAUACUUAUUUUUUUGGCGAUUUACUCGCUAACAUUACGAACAUUGAGUGACUGGACAACGGGCGCUCGUCGCACUUUGGACCUUCCAGCAUGGCGCUGUCUUUGUCGUCCCCGUGUGAAUGCCCCUUCGAUGAGGAGGAGGACAUGGCUGUGUUUGAGUCGACAGCAGCGGAGCAUGGAGGCCUGGCCAGACCACGUCUACCUGAGAUCUCUGUCAUUUCCCCCGGCCUCGACCCCCGGCCGUGCUUUGCCGAACCGAAACUAGCAGUGAAACCUGGAUUGGUCAGACAAGGAAGUGGUGGUGAAGGAAAUGCUGAGAGGGUGAAAGUCUUCCUGCGCAUCCGACCACUUACUGAUCUGGAGAGAGAGAGGGGAGAAGCACAGGGUUGCGUGGCCGUCCAAGAUGGAGAGACCCUGCUGCUCAAAGCUCCAAAGGAGUCUCAGAACAUGAGGACUGCAGAGAGGGGCAUCACCCAGAGCAUGCACAAGUUCAGUUUCUCCCAGAUCUUUGGACCCGACACCACGCAACAGCAGUUUUAUGAGUUCACAAUGAAAAAGAUGGUGAAAGACGUGCUUCAAGGAGAAAAUCGACUCCUCUACACUUACGGUGUCACUAAUUCUGGAAAGACAUACACCAUCCAGGGCAGUGGUCGAGAGGCCGGCCUCCUGCCCCGAGCGUUGGCGUCUCUGUUCAGGAAGCUGCAGGGUCGUCUUUAUGGUGCCAUGGACCUAAAGCCUGUCAUGUAUCAGGAUGUGAGACAGCUUGAGCCCAGUGAGGUCAGGGUGGAGGAAAUCCGCAGAAACUCUCUGCUCAAAGAGGAUGAGAAUUUGACUUCUCGUCGAGGUGUUACCACGACAACUGUGGACAGCGGCAUUGGAGGACUCUCCUCUUCAAGUUAUAUUGCCAGCCAGCUGGAAGACUCUGACAGCGUUUGUCUGGAGCCCGACAGCCUUUCACACACCGGAGGAGAAGACCUGGAGGAAGGGGUGCAGUUCUCUAUUUGGGUUUCCUUUUAUGAGAUCUACAAUGAGUUCCUGUAUGAUCUGCUGGACGUGUCGCCCUCCCAGCAGCCCAGAAAAAGAGCCACACUGCGGCUCAGUGACGACAAGCAGGGCAACCCUUAUGUGAAAGACCUGACCUGGAUCCAGGUCCGCAGUGCAGAGGAAGCGUGGAGGAUUCUAAGGGCCGGACGUCGUAACCAGAGCUUCGCCAGCACUCACUUGAACCAAAACUCUAGCCGCAGCCACAGCAUCUUCUCUAUCCGUGUCCUGCACGUCCGCCCAGAGGAAGAUCCGGGCCAGACUAUGCAGAUCAGCGAACUGACCGUAUGUGACCUGGCUGGGUCUGAACGCUGCAAAGAGCAGCGUAAUGGUGAGAGGAUGAAGGAGGCCAACAACAUCAACACUUCCCUCUUAACACUCGGGCGCUGUAUUGCUGCCCUGAGGCACAACCAGACCAACAAAUCACGACCCCCUCAAGUGGUGCCCUUCAGGGAGAGUAAACUGACCCGGGUGCUGCAGGGUUUCUUCUGUGGCCGAGGAAUGUCCAGCAUGGUGGUCAACCUCAAUCCUUGUGCCUCCAUCUAUGACGAGACCCUUCAAGCUCUCAAAUUCUCUGCUAUCGCCACCCAACUGGUUCACGGCCCAUCCACAAAGACCAGAGUCGCCUACAUCCUGUCUCUACUGCGCGAGCCAACAGGAUACAGUAACGAAAGCACAGUGCUGGAAGAAGAAGAGGACGAGAGUGAUGCUGAAGACGGAGAUAUCACCAUGUUAAAUACUGAGUCUUUACUGCAGGCCAUCGAUGUCCUGAAGCGAGAGGUGCAGCGGCAACGGGAAGAGAAAGAGGUUCUUGAAACAAAUGUGAGGGAGCAGGUGGUCUCGGAGAUGAUGGAGGUCAUCUCUGGAAUGCAAGACGGCUUCAGUGAGACCUUGGAGGCGGAGAGGGCUCUAAUUGAAGAGAGAUAUGAAGACAAGAUUACUAACCUGCGUAAACAUUUGAAGAAAUUCUACAGUGAGGAGCUGAAGGAGCGUGAUCAGGAUAUCGAGGCUCUGUCUGCUGCCCUUGAAAAGUACAAAGAAACCGAGUCAGUCCCCACACCUGCGCCACAGGAAGAUGGGCCUCGACGCUCCGUGCGCCUCAGCACUCAGCAGACAGAAGUUUGCAGACUGCGAGCCGACCUCGACCAGUGCCGCGCUGAGCUGUUCACCAAGACACAAGAGCUGACAAAGCUUAAGAUGCAGCUUGAGGUGCCGGGUUCGACUGGCAACCUCACUGGUGCUGCUGACCGCAAGCUUGAGGAAGGUCAACGGAACCUGCGUCAGCUGCGUCUGGGUUUGCAGAAGCUGGGGGCGGACCUUCAGUCUGGUGAGAGAGCCUGCUGCCGCAACACGGGGGGAGAGCGGCUGCGCCAGGCGUUGAACACUGCAGAUGAGACAAUUGCCAAACAGGGCCAGAUCCUGGUGGAGCUCCAGAACGGCCUGAUGCUAGUCAAAGCGGACUUGAGGCGGAAAGCAGAUGCGCUGGCCCAGAUGCACACCACCAAUCCUCAGCUGCCCCCGUGUGGCUUCUCUGCCUCCACCACACCAGGUUCCUGUAAGAAGAGGGGCUGUGCAGCCACCGUGGCGAUCGAUGCCGAAAACCGACCUCCACAAAAACGUCCCUUUUUCCAGUCUCUGUUCCCACCACGCACCCCAACACGUAAAUACAACUCGCGCGCAGUAGAAGACGAGAACAUGACCCCCUACUCGCGAAUCUUGCGGUCUCGUCAGCAUUCCCCACCUCCCAGCCCCGUCCCCACCCCCCGUGGUCACAGGGGGAAGUACUGAGAUGUUUAGAGCUUCAGAGAGAAUGUCCUUUUUUAUAUUAUGCAAAAACUAGUCAUACAUGGUGGUAACUUUAUAGUAUUUUUAUAUAUAUAUUCACUGUUUGCAGUGCAGUUAACACUGUUCGGAUGCCAAAUAGUCAUGUUCAUGCCAGUAAAACAGUUGCUUUAAAAGCGGUUGCAGAAUAGUACUAAGGAUAUUGAGGUUUCCAUGAGCAAUAUGAUGGUUGUGGACUGUAUGGUUAUAGCACGUGAUAAAUUUGCCUUCCCUGCCUCUGCGACUCCUCCACAUGCCUAAGCUGAAAGUACCUGUGUUUUUCCACAAUGACAUUGCUUAGAGCUGUCAGGAAAAAAAUGCUUUUUUACUAACGGUUUGAAUUUUUUGCACUGUUAAUAUCUGCAUUUAAUUCACUGCAGUAUUUCCAUAUCUGCAAAGAAAUUCUUCCAUAGUUUUGUGAUUUAUCUACACUAUUUAGUAUUUACAUAUUAUCAGUAUUGUUAAGGCAUGACGUGUCAAGCAUGAUGUGAUUGUGUGUGUCCGUGUUCUACAUGUUGUGUGUAUAUGAUCAAGGUGUCCCUUCUGUCUUUGCUCUGAAGUUUCCUUUUUGUGCUUUUACAUUGUUACUGAGUCAUUAAAUUAUAUUCAAAAAGUCCAAAA